AUGGAUACCUCACCUCCGUCCGACGGUCGCGGCGCAGCCGACGAGAAGCAAAAGCCUGCCGGUCAAAAUAGGGUGCGCCGACGAAACCGAAUGAUCACGUCGUGCCUUGAAUGUCGCCGGAGAAAGCUCAAGUCGCCGGCUCUUGAUUCGGUCUCGCAGCAACGUCUCAACGAGAUCAAGGAGAAGAUGGGAUCUCUGGAACGAGUGCUCGAGCAGGACGUCGCGCGCAAGGAAGGGAGGGUCGCCACGAGCUCGUCUCAAAAUUCGCAACGGAGAACCUCAGCCGACCUUCCUGGAGGCGAGGACAGCAGCUCUGACAAUGAAGCUGCCGUUCCGGACGACGAAAAAGGCCUUGAGCCAACCCCGCUAGCAGUCAUCGAUGCCGCUUACGAGGACGAUGCUAAUGAUGAUGUCCUGGAUCUGGGGAUCAGAAUUGGGAAAAUGCGGUUAACGGAGCGACUGGGUGGCUUUUUCCGACCCAGACUACAUGAAGAGAUGGACAUCACCCUCUCAGAACCUACCAGUGAUCGUCGCACACCCAAUGAGAAGCUCUCUGCCAUGCCUCAACUCCCGGACCACGACAGUGACUUCCUGGCUCCCGGGCCUUCGUACAUUGCCCCAGGCUCUGGUUUCCUGUUUGGGGAUGUUGGCAGCAAGAGGUCCUUGAUCAACUUCUUACCGGCAAAAGCUGCGGCCGACAUUCUGGUGCGCAACUAUUUUGACAACGUGCACUUUAUUGCUCGUGUCGUUCACUGGCCAAGCUUCCAGCUGCACUACGACAACUUCUGGACGGCGGUCCUCGCCGGUCUCGAACCCCCUGCGUGGCAACAGUCUAUCGUCCUCUCGGUCCUCUUCUCGGCUGUGGCGAGCAUGCCUGAGUCAGAGGUCACAGCUAUUUUUGCCCGCCCCAAGAGCACGAUCCUCGGUAAUUUUCAGACCGGCACUGAGGUGGCCCUGAGCAAAGCACAGGUUCUAAGAGCGACUAAAAUAGAAACCUUGCAGGCGCUCGUGGUCUACCUUAUUCCCAUGUGUCGAGACCAGCUCUCCCGUGCUCAUUCGGUGAUUGUCGGUAUGGCGGUUCGUCUCGCGGAAUGUAUGGGUCUGCAUCGCGAUCCGGAGGCAAUUUAUGGCCUGUCGCCAGUCGAGUGUCAUGUCCGCCGCAUCAUAUGGUUUCAACUUUGCUUCCUGGAUUUCCGCACAUGCGAGUCUCAAGGGCCGCGACCGGGCAUUAAGCGAGAAGACUAUGAUACGAAGUUUCCACUCAACAUUAAUGAUGCAGAUCUCCUCGUUGCGAGACCUCAGGAGGCCAAGGACAAGUGGACAGACAUGACCAUGUCACGGAUACACUUUGAAUGCACCGAAAUGCAGCGAGUGGUAUGGUACGAUCGCAUUCGCAUCGAGAAGAAAAGGGCGUCAUUGACUCACGUCCUGAGCAAAGUGGAAUCUUUCCGCAAAGCUAUGGAGGCCAAGUACAACCCCAUUUUAAAUACCGAAGUGCCCAUUCAGAGAUACGCCCAGUUGCUGAUGAACCUUAUGGUUCAGCGGAUGUAUGUCAUGAUAUUGCAUCGGUACCUGAACAACUCACGUAACAAAGUGCCCGAGAGGCUCGCAAAUCUCACGAUGCAGAGCGGACUGCUCGCCAUGGAGAAUGCUGUCGCGAUGGAACGAAUGCCAGAACUCAGGAAAUGGAAGUGGUACAACGGGGCGUACCAGCAGUGGCACAUCGCCUUCUUGCUGUUAUCAGUGAUUUAUGAACAGCCCACACUUCGAGACGCCGAACGGAUAUGGAAUGUGAUCGACUUCGUCUUUGAACCGGAUCUCUCUCUGUCCCGGACUCAACGAGCCAGGGCCAUCAUUGCAGCAGUUAGAGAUCGAACAGCCGUAUAUCGAGACCUUCGCAGGAUACGGGUUCCUGUCAGUAUGAAGGAUGGUCUGGAUAAACACCGCAAGCGCUCCGAAUCGUCGAAAGACCAAGGUCAAAUUGAUUCAAUCGACUCGUCGUUACAACCAUCGGCCACCACAUCCACACCACCACCGAAUGCGGGUAGAGGAGAAAUGAGAUUCUCGGGCGACCAGUCCUGGAGCUUUGAUACGCCUGCAACGAUGUAUGUUGACGCAAAAUACUUACCACCUGCAGAUGCUAGCCAUCUCUCGCAAUUUGUAUCCUCACAGAUUUCGGCACCACCUUCUGCACGGCAACAAUCGCCGCUGCUAUCGCAAUCCAGGGGACAACCACAACCGCAGCAAACACCGCCGCGGACAGACGCGACUCAGCCUUCGCCAGGUCAGCAGAUUGACUUUAAUAGCCCCAGCGAUUCGGGGACAAAUGAUUCCUGGCCGCCACUCAUCACGACCGAUCAAGUCAGCUGGCGAACUGUCUUGGGACCUGGUCCACAGACUUCGCCGCCUCCUCAAGCGAUCCAGUCACUUCCUGGAGUGGUACCAAGACAGGGCUCAUCCGGGGGUGGCAGUCCCUUUGGGAUCAAUUCGGGCUUUCCCAGCGAUCAGAUCAACAUCCCUCAAUUUCAGAAUGGCAAUCGAAAUGAUUCUGUCAUGCUCGACAUCGAUUGGGCCGAAUGGGAUCAACUUUUCCCGCAAGAUAGCAAUAAUGGCGUUCUUGGACCGUCCCAUCACUAUGGAAUGGGACUGCCAUCAUAG